ACGGGCUGAAAGCUACCCAUCUUCAAACGCACCAGCAAGCUUAGCCAGUAGCUAGUAGCUAGUAACCAGCCAUGAAGAUGAUGAAGAGAUGCGUUGUUCCUAGCAUGCUGCUGAUGCUUUCGCUCGAGUCCGCCCUCCUCGUCGCCGCCGGCCGCCCCUCCACGGCCACCAUUCUCCUGCCGAGCCAAGGCAAAGGCCAAGCAGGAAUGCUGCCCGUGGUAGCACCUAAGAAGAAGGGGGGAGAGGGAGAGAGGCCGUGGAAAUGCUGCGACUUCGGUGUGUGCUACCGUGCGCUUCCGCGGGCGUGCCGCUGCCUUGACGAGGUCGAGCAGUGUGCCCCGACCUGCAAGAGCUGCCAGCCGGCACCGUCCGAUCCAUCCCGUCAUGUCUGCAACGACCGGUACACCGGCGAUAUAGGGCCCACGUGCACGGAGACUGUUGCCGCCGCCAUACUCAACUAUGGAGCCCAAGGUACUGGUCAAGACGCCCAGGUGAUUGUGGCCGGCGGUAACUAGCCAGCUUGCGCGUUGAUCAGGCACCUGAUCAACGCAGUGCAGCCUGAGCUUGAGUCGCUGCAGCAGCCUGCAGUGUGUGCAUGUAAACAAUAAAAUAAAAAUGGAAGCUCAGGCAGUCAUGAAUAAGACAAGUCUUCUUGCGUGUGUACUAGCUCCGUGAAAAUGGAGUGUACGUGACAAUGUUUUAAUGAAAUGGAAUGUAGUUUUCUUGUA